CUCCAGAGAACACGUCUCCGCUGCUCAAGUGUCCAGUGGCGGCGUGCUUUACACCACUGCAUCCGAUGCUUUGAGUUGCACAUGAUGAUGUAAGGCUUGGAUGCAGCAGCUCGGCCAUCGAAACCCAUUCAAUGAAGCUCUCUGUGCACUGUUCUUGAGCUAAUCCAAAGGCUACACGACGUUUGGAGGUUUGUAACUAUUGACUAGCAAGUUGGCCUAAUGCUUUUGGCAAUAUGGUGUAGGUUUUAGUCAGUUUACAUACAGAACAGGUUUUACUAUAUGACUGUUGGUAUUGUUUUAAUUUAAAUACAGGUAAUAUAUACUUUAUGUUGCCUUUUAGUUGAUUUGAUUGUUGUGUGACUCCUCUUCAUGAAGUCCGGGGAGAUGGAUUUGCCCCAAAAGUGGGAACUCUGACUUUGAGUGGUGUUUGGAAGUUUCUGAAUUGUCUGAAACGCAGCACUAAAAGGUGUUGUUUCCUUGUUACUUCCCGGUUUCUCUCACAGCUACAUAACAUGGGGGAGAGACGAGAGCUACAGAACUAUACAGUGUCUGUCUGAAGACUUAUUCGUUGGAUUAAACCAGUCAACACGUAUCAUUAUUGUUACUUGUUCAGGUCUCUGAUUUGAGAAGAUGAGUGAUUUGAAGGAAGAGGAGGACAGAUCAGAGUCUCCAGUACGGCCUAAACGAAAACCUCCAGUCCUCCGUGAUGAUCCUGGCCCCUCAGACACUAAGAUCAAUGACAAAGUGCUCACAGCUGAGAAACACAAAAAAUAUGACUCUGAGGUCAAACUGGAGCUGAAAGCAAAGAUGCCUGAGGAUGACAAAAAGGCACCAUUAUCCUUCUUACCUGAACUGACAACUGAUUCUUCCUACAGGUUCAGGUGUCCUGGUCCAGGUGUGUUCCAGUGCGCUUUGACCCGGCUGGUGUUUGGUAUGGCUCAGGAGGCGGAGCUGCUGUACAGGACUGUCCUAUGGGAUGAGAGCCUCCUCCAAUCAGCUGGCAAGACGGCCGCAGGGAUGCUGUUUAAAAUCAAGUGUUCUGAGGACGCUGUGUGUCAGCUCCACCUCCCACACUGCGAAACAAAGGAUGCGUUGCUUGUUGACGGCCCGCUGUCUGCCGUCCACAUCGCUGAUGAUGGAAUGAGCGUCUUGGAGCCGCUGGAGAUUACAGACACUCAUGUGGUUGUGAAGGUCCCCCAACUCUCGGCGUUUGGCUUGGUCUGGGACACCGCGAAAAGGUUUCUGAACACCUCUCCGCCAGUAAAUGGCCAAGUUCUGCUGUUCCACCGACCCCCGCACACAAGCCAUCAAGUCCUCGACGUUUGUCUGCUGCAGAACAACAUCCCCGUGCGCGAGGUUACCAUCCAACAAGCAGGCGCUGAGUUAAUCAGGAUGUCCUCUGACUGUCAUCUCAGGUUUGGUAAAAGUUACAGCGUCUUCUGUGAACCUGAGGACUUCACAAUACAGCCUGAGCGUGCGCCAUUUUACCCAAAGUAUGGACCAAACUUCCACCCAACAUUCGAAGUUUUCCUGACUACGAACCCACAGAAAGUGACUUUGAAGGUCCAAGACCAAGAGAGGAAAGAAGUCUGGAAACGUGAUGUGUACCUGACAGGUCCAACAAGGGAAAUUCCACAGAGGAAGAGGGAGUCCCGGCAGACAACUGAGCACUGAGUGUCUGAGUGUCUUGCUUCUGGAUAAACUGCUCAAGCAUCACGUUAUAAAUGAUGAUGAAAUGCAGUCAGCGGAACAAAAACCAAAUACUUGAUCGGCACAGUGCAAAGAAAGGGAACUGAAGCUGGCUCAGUUCUGUGGCCUGUACUACGAAGCGGGGUAACUGGCUUAUCCAGGUAACUUCAGGAGUAACUUUGUGACGUCGGGUGCAACAACCUGAUUAACCCAUACUACGAAAGGUGGAUAGGUGUUACCUGAGGUCUGUUGCCAUGGCAAUUUACGCUGCAUCUCUAAACUGCUCCGAGCAGGUUUUGUUCGUGGUUAACUAGAGGUUACCCUGCACGUGGACUACACACCACAUCUGUACUCAGUGUUAAUGAUGAGAAUUACACUAUUAAUACACACACACUCUCCGCUGUCACUUGAUAAAAUAUAUUUAUAUACUGCGUUGGAAUGAAGUUCUGAAUAGCAACAAUAUUAGGGUAACAUGGGGUAAGACGCCAUGGUAAUUCUAACAAAAAAACAUAAAAUGUUGCGAAAAACUCUGCCCGCACGGCCGAACACGCCCCUUUUAUGCUAACGUGCACCAACUCCAAUUAAGUUAAUUCAACUAACCAACAUCUUAUCCACCAUCGUAGUACCGUUUAACUCCAGUGUAGGCAGUCAAACAGAGUCAGAUGAAUAGAAAGAACCAAGCAGAGUUACGAUCCCCGUUCUCGAUAAAAGCAGAUCCUUCUCCUAAGAUAGAUAGAGACUUUAUUGUCAUUGUCUAUAAAAUGCAACGAAAUGCAGUUUAGAGCAAACCGUUGAACUUGGCAGCUUUAAAGUCGCAUAUAUAAAUGCAAAGACCAUAAAAGGAUGGUAUGGCUAUUCUUCAUGGGGUUUGUCUUCAUCCUGGUGACCUUGAGCCCGCCUGAAGGAAGUUUGCGAAACAGAUGGUGACCUGGCCAAAGACCACAAUGGAAAGGAUCACCUUUGUUGAACCUUUUGAGAACACCAAUACUUGUUUUUUGAGAAGACACGUUCUUUAGAACAAAGCUAUUUAAUUAUGAUAUGGUUACAUGGAGUAUCUUUCUCACCAAAGUGGAAUCAGAAGAUGAUGAAGAAUUUAAGCUUUUUAAACUCUUGUGGACUUGUCUUUUGGUCAGUUUGCCCGGGUGAAUUUAUAUCUAAUUGCACCUUUACAUUGACUUUGUUUGCAACAUUCCAUUUCCUUUGUAUGGAACUGCAUUGCUUCUAAAAUGUGUGUUGCAUUCUGUCUGAAAACACACUCAGGAAGCCGUAUGGCACACAAGCAACAGUCAGACCAGGGUUUGUAUUGAACUUCUUGGCUUUUUAAGAACCACAAAUCUCUAAUAAAAUAGUUUUCCAACAUUG